GAUUGGUAGCCAUGUCGCAGGCAACAUGAUGGAGCCGUGCGUGGCGCACGGUGGUUGUUAUCUCCGAAAUUUUAUCGGAACUCUGUAACAUCGAUCUGUCACGCAUGCAGUGCUGAAAAAACCUCUUCUCGGAUCUAAUCUAUCACCGCCUAAUGUUAUCACGUUUUAAUUAUUGGACUUAAUUAUGAAAAAAAACGUGAUACGUAAAAGCGUGCGUUUAGGUUAGCGGUUAAUUUUCUCAGAUUGAUAGGAUAGUGCAAAGAAAUUCUAAAGAAAUGUACAUUAAUAUCUGUCAACGAUUGACACGAACUUACGUGAGACAGAUAUACACUAGCGUGUCGCGAAAUUUAAGGAAGGAACAUUCUGGCAGCUCGUUUCAAAAAAAGUUGCGCUCCACUGCCUUCUAUUGGGCUGGAGUUGGAGUUCUGGUAGCUGGAUUGAGUUACUCCGCAGUGCCUUUGUACAGAAUGUUUUGUCAGUCCUACAGUUAUGGUGGAACAGUGUCAGCCGGUCACGAUACUACUAAAGUACUUACAAUGUUGCCUGUUAAGAACAGAACGAUCAAGAUUAAGUUUAAUGCAGAUACAGCAGCGUCAAUGCAGUGGAAUUUCAAGCCACAGCAAAACGAGAUCACAGUUAUUCCGGGAGAGACAGCACUGGCGUUUUAUACAGCUACAAAUCCGACUGAUCAUCAAAUUAUAGGGAUAUCCACAUAUAACGUUUUACCUUUCGAAGUAGGACAAUACUUUAAUAAAAUUCAAUGCUUCUGUUUUGAAGAACAGAUGCUUAAUCCACAUGAACAAGUUGAUAUGCCAGUGUUCUUCUACAUUGAUCCGGAAUUCACGGAAGAUCCAAAGAUGGAGUUUGUCGACGAAAUAAUUCUCUCUUAUACAUUUUUUGAGGCCAAACCAGGAUUCAAGCUGCCUGUACCAACCUACGCCAAAAGUCAUUCAAUAAAGUAAAGCGUAAUUAUUUCCAAUAGUUACUAUAAUUGUACAGAUGAAUAAAUAAUUAUUGUAUA